AUUAUUUUUUAUCAACGAAGUUAUCCAAAAUCUAUUUUUUACGAUUCUUUUUUCAUUUCUGGCCGCAUUAUGACAUUUCCAUCAUUGAUGUCUAGUAGAAUUUGGAGUACAGGAAUUAGGAAACCAAUAAUCAAUCUUUGUCAACGUCGUUUAUCAGUCAAAGUUGAUGCUAAACAGUUAGGCAACCUCCGCAAACAAACAGGUUAUGGUUUAUCACUAUGCCGAGAGGCAUUGUUAGGGAAUAACAAUGAUAUCAAUGCAGCUCAGGCAUGGCUUGAUGAACAAGCAAUCAAGAAAGGCUGGCAAAAGGCUGAGAAAUUACAAGAGAAAAAGGCAAGUGACGGUUUGAUUGGGGUCAUGGUAGAAGACAAUCAUGCCGCCAUGGUUGAGAUCUGUUGUGAAACUGAUUUUGUUGUGCAGAAUGACUUUUUCAAGGACUUGGUUGCGAACAUAACUGCAACAGCACUCUCCCAUCGCAAAAUGAUCGUGCAGAGAGGCGUGAACCUAGGAGGAACUUUCACACAUUUCCGUGAGGUUUUACUUACUCAUAAACUUAAUGAGUUGAAACUAUCAAACACGGAGAAAACUGUUAAUAACUCUGUUUUACAAGCCGUUGGCCGGUUGGGGGAGAGAAUUAUGGUAAAACGUGCUCUUACAAUAACAACUGAACGAGAUUCCGUUAUCGGACGUUAUGUUCACGGACCAUUUACAUCUAACAUUGAUGGAUGCCAAAUGGGAAAGUUUGCGGCAAUAAUUGCUCUAAAAUCUACAACCACAAAUAGUGAAUAUGAGAAAUUAGUCACAUUAGCCACCUCUUUGAGUCAACAUAUUGUAGGCAUGAACCCGAGGUGCAUUUCAAAUAACGAUAUGGCGAAAGGUGACAGUAUUCAUGAGGAUGAAAUAUUGGAAGAGCAAAACUUUCUUAUGGAUGAAACCAUCGUUGUGAAAGAAUUACUUAGUAGGAAUAGUGUAUCUGUUGUUGAUUUCGUACGCAUGGAAUGCGGUAAUGUGCGUUGAUCUAUAUUUAAAGGUCUGUUCACACGAUCCAAUUUUGUUCGAUCCAUUUCACUUCUGAUGGAUGUUUUAUAGUCUGUUGUCUCCUAAUGUAUAUCAACAGCAAAUCCACGGAAGCCAAUGUACUACGGCAGCCGAUUAUAUUUCAUACGUCAGAAGUGAAUGGACGACUUGCGCUUUAGACUAAUUUUUGAUCGAAGUAACUAGAAAAUAAA